CAUUUUUAAAUAUAUAUGUGUAUAUAUAUGUAUGUAUGUAUAUAUACAUAUAUAUUAGAAUUUGCAUUAUUUUAAAUGAAAGAAUCCAAUUUAUCGUUUAAAAACAACUGCGUCAUUUGAUAUUUAAACCAGUGGAAAAUUUAUUUUGCCAUAAGGUACAAAACGGUGAGAUUGGAUGAUAAAUAAUAAAUCAUUGACAUGACAAUGGAUAGAUAGAUUUUUCUUUUCACAAUUUUACUUUUUAGAUUUCAAUUCAAUGAGAGUGGAUGAUGUUGUUUUUGUUUUCUUUUAAAUCUGGUUUUGUUGCGCGUAUUUUUUUUUUUUUUCCCAUCCGACCCCAGUCACCUCCAAAAAAGGGGGGCAUAGUUUAUGCUCUUGCUCGUGUGACCAUUGGACUCUGCGUGAGCUGAUAAACACCUGCUACGUUUCAAGGUGUUAAGUGGGAGCGGAUUUGCGUGCGUGGAAAUGGGGCGGAGAGAGCAGGUGAUAUAAACGCAUGUCUUCGGCGAGCGUUCAUACUUCUCCUCCAAGCCAUCGCAGCCGAUGCUUGGAUUGGCCUUGCCGACGUCCGGACGUCGCUCGCUGCUCGUCGCUUUUGGAGCUUGAGGGUGGGGUGGGGUGGGGAGGGGUUCAAUCAUGGAUCCGAUUGUGGAAGUGGUGGCGUUGUUUCUGGGCUUCCUGGGUUGGGUGAUGGUCGGGGUGGCCCUACCCAACCGCUACUGGAAGACGUCCACGGUGGACGGCAACGUCAUCACCACGUCCACCAUCUACGAGAACCUCUGGAUGUCCUGCGCCACCGACUCCACCGGCGUCCACAACUGCCGGGAAUUCCCGUCGCUGCUCGCUUUGAAUGGUUACAUCCAGGCGUCCCGCGCCCUCAUGAUCACAUCGGUGGUGAUGGGCGCCUUUGGCCUGGUGGCGGCGCUAGUGGGCUUGCAGUGCUCCAAAGCGGCCGGCGACAACUACGUGCUCAAGGGUCGCAUCGCGGGUGCCGCCGGCGUGCUUUUCGUGCUUCAAGGUUUGUGCACAAUGGUGGCAGUGUCCUGGUACGCCUUCAACAUCACCCAGGAAUUCUUUGACCCAUUCUUUCCCGGUACCAAGUACGAAAUCGGUGAGGGGCUUUACAUUGGGUGGUGCUCGGCCGUGCUCGCCAUCGCCGGGGGGGCGUGCCUUAUGUGCUCCUGCAGGAUGGGCUCGGAGGGAAAGUAUCCUUUGCCUCAUCAAAGCAGAGGUACCGUUUAUUCUGGACCGGCCCGGACCAGAAGUGUGGUUGCCAGCACAUAUGGGCGGAAUGCAUACGUUUGAAUGGAAUCUGUUUUUAUACUCAUGAUUAUGUUUUCUAGUCAAAUACAACGACGAAGCAUUGUUUUGUGAUAUUUUGUACUCCAUUUUCUGUGAGGUUAUUUAUGUCAAAUAUUCACAUGUACUUACUAUGCAAUGGAUAUCUGUUGAUUUGAUUCUCGAUCUUUUUGUACAUUUUUUUUUGUUACCAUUAUGCACAAUAAACGUUCUUUCCAUGUUGAA